AUGAAGUUCUCUUUGUCAUUGAAAUAUAACUCUGUGCCAGAAUGGCAAGACAAAUACAUCAACUAUUCAAAUUUGAAGAAAUUGGUGUACAAUUUACAAGCUCAACAACUAAACAACACAGACACAACAAAAGGUGAUAUCACUGGUGUUUCUGAAGGUACUGGUUCAUCUGCUGAUUUGAAUAAUGAAGAGUUGAAAAAAAGUGGUGAAACUAGAAAGAAGUUGAAAAAUGCUUUGAAUUUCAAAAGAAAGCGUAAAAACUCAUUUAAUCAAACAACUUUUGAGUUGGAUGAUAUGAAUUCUUUAAGUUCUUUCAAUGCUGAAAAUUUUGAUCCUUCAAAGAUUUUCUUGGAAAAAUUGGAAACUGAAUUAUUGAAAAUUGAUGAAUUUUAUAAACUUAAAGAACAUGAAUUCUUCCAAGAAUAUGAAGCUUUAAUUGCUGACUUGGAAAAUUCCAAGAUUCAUCUCAAUAUGGAUAAAUCAAAUGCUUAUUUCAAUGAUAAUAAAUCAAUUUUAAGUCACAAGUCUUCAAUAAAUGAAGCCAUCAUUAAUGCUUCAAAUUCAUUCAAUUUGGAAGUUUCAAAAGAUAACACUGCAGUUUCCACUAGAUCAAGAGGAGCAGGUUAUGAUGAAGAAUCAAGCAUUGGUGGUAAGCAUGAUCUAGAAGAUGAUGAAGAUGAAGAAUUGGACCACUCUGAUUCUGAAAAUUCUGCAUUAUUGAGUGAAACUGAUUUGAAUAUGAAGUCACAAAACAAAAUUACUUUGAAGAAAAGAACAACCCAGUUAUAUGUUGAUUUAUCUCAAUUGAAAUCAUUCAUUGAAUUGAACAAGAUGGGAUUCAACAAGAUUACCAAAAAAUUUGAUAAAUCCUUGAGCACUUCAUUAAAACCAGCUUUAUUUGAUACUAAUGAAUUCUUUAAAGAUAGCUAUACUUUUAGCUAUCAUACUUUGGCCUCAUUAGAUGACAAAAUUAAUAACCUGGUCGAAGUUUUUGCAUCCUUAACCAACAGAUUGAACAGAUUGGAAGAUUGUAAAGCUGAAUUGAGAUCAUUCUUGAGAGAACAUAUUGUUUGGGAAAGAAACACAGUUUGGAAAGAUAUGAUUGGUAUCGAAACAAGAACAAAUGGGUUGAAAGGUGUCAGUGCAGAUGCCACUCAAUUUAAUGAUGAAUUAUACAACUUGGACUAUUAUUCAUGGAAGUUACCUUAUCCUGUUGACUUCAAAUUCACAAAAUGGGAAAAUUUCAAACUUCCAAAGUUUUUAAACACUGCAAGAACUUAUAAAUUGGUUAUUAUCAUUGCAAUCACUGCUGUUUUACUUGGUGUGAAAACUUUUAAUGAUGAAGCUGAACACAGAUGUAUGGCUUUAUUAGCUUGUGUUGCAUUAUUAUGGGCCACCGAAGCAAUUCCAUUAUUCGUUACUGCUAUUCUUUGUCCAUUGUUGGUUGUUUUGUUCCGUGUUGUUAAAGAUAGUGACGGUCAUGUUAUGGCUGCUCCUGAAUCAUCUGCUUAUAUCUUGGGUAAAAUGUGGUCAUCAACAAUCAUGGUGUUAUUGGGUGGGUUUGCAUUAGCUGCUGCUCUAUCCAAAUACAAUAUUGCAAAAGUUUUCGCUAGUUACAUCUUGGCUUUUAGUGGUACAAAACCUCGUAAUAUCUUGUUGUCAAUUAUGAGUGUUGCUUUAUUUUUAUCAAUGUGGAUUUCAAAUGUUGCAACUCCAGUUUUAUGUUAUUCUUUGAUUCAAGGUGUUUUAAGAACUUUACCAACUGACUCGCCAUUUGCUAAAGCUUUGAUUCUUGGUGUUGCCUUGGCUUCAAAUAUUGCAGGUAUGUCUUCACCAAUUUCAUCACCUCAAAAUAUUGUUGCAAUGACUUAUCUUUCAGAAUAUGGUAUUGGUUGGGGUCAAUGGUUGGGUGUUGCAUUACCUGUCUCAAUCAUUUCAUUAAUCUUAACCUGGAUAUUAUUAAUUUUUACAUUUGACAUUUCCAAAACAAAAGUCAUGAAAUAUAAACCAAUUAAAGAAAAAUUCACAAUCAAACAAUGGUUUAUUAUUGUUGUUACAAUUGGUACUAUUUUAUUAUGGUGUGUUUUAACAAAACUUGAAACAACUUUUGGUGAAUCUGGUGAAGUUGCAAUCAUUCCAAUUGUCUUGUUCUUUGGUACUGGUCUUUUGUCAACUGCCGAUAUCAACAAUUUCCCAUGGAGUAUUGUUAUCUUGGCUAUGGGUUCAUUAGCACUUGGUAAAGCUGUUUCAUCAUCAGGUUUAUUGGCCACCAUUGCUAAGGCUUUGCAAAAGAAAGUUAUGGACUUUGAUAUUUAUGUUGUGCUAAUCAUCUUUGGUAUUUUGAUUUUGGUUAUUGCAACUUUUGUCUCCCAUACAGUUUCAGCAAUUAUUAUCAUUCCAUUAGUUAAAGAAAUUGGUGAUUCAUUACCAGGUAAUAAUUCCGCUGUUAUUCUGAUUUUUGCUAUUGCAUUAUUGGCCUCAAGUGGUAUGGGUUUAGCAUCAAGUGGGUUCCCUAAUGUUACAGCUAUAUCAAUGACUGAUGAAUUGGGUAACAGAUAUCUGAAUGUCAACACUUUUAUCACAAGAGGUGUUCCAGCAUCUUUGAUUGCAUAUAUCGUUGUCAUCACGGUGGGUUAUGGUAUUAUGAAAUCUAUCGCAUGA